AUGGCAUCAGACUACGAGAUAGCUAUGGAAAUCGCUAAUAACAAUUAUAACUGUUCAACUGGAUCCGCACCCGCCUCUCUCUUGAAAAAAAGACCGAAUUGGACUGAGCUGGAGAAAAAGAUUCUGGUUGAAGAAAUACAUGCGAUGGAGGGGGUACUGUUCGGAAAAUUUAAGGGCGGAUUCGGGGGGAAAGCAGCCAAAGAAAAGGCGUGGGCUGAUGUGGCGGAGGCAGUGAAUGGAGGUAGUGGUUCAGGAAACUCAAGGACUGGGGUAGAAGCCCCAAAACAGUACAGCAAUUUGAAGCAGAGAGCCAAAGGAAAGUUGUCAGAGAUGAAGAGGCCUAAGACAGGUGGUGGUCCAAAGCCCCCAAGUCCAUCUCCUGCAGAAAAAUCCAUCUUGGAUAACUUGGAGGGUAGACCUUCAUUGGAAGGUAUAUCUGGAGGGAUAGAUACAGCUGAUCUGUUGCCAACCCAGCCUUCCACCUCCUCAGAUAUGCCUGAAAAGAAAAAAGAUGUCAGAGAUUCUGGUAAGUCAUCAAAGAGGAGAAUGACAAUUCAGGAUUUGGAAGAAAGGAACCUCUGUCUUGAAAAUGAUAAAUUACAAGAAGAAAUCAAGAAGAUCAAAGAUGAAAGACAGCUUAUCCAAUCACAGAAAUCUUAUUAUGAUUUAAAAUUUCAAAUAUUGGUUAAUUCAAAUCCAGAGGUUGUAGCUCAAAUGUUAAAAAGUAAUGAAAUUUAAAAGUUUG